AUGAUGAAAAAAGAACCGAGUCAGAGCCGGGUCAAGGAAAGGGUGACUCAGGAUGACGUGGCAACGUUGAUAUACUCUUCUGGUACUACAGGGGAAAGCAAAGGAGUGGUAACGUCGCACAAAAGCCACAUAGCCAUUGUUGAAGCUUCUGUAGGCUCAUUUCGAUCAGGGGAAGGAGAGCAAACGAUUAUCUGCACCAUCCCUAUGUUUCGCAUCUAUGGGUUAGUUUUUGCGACGGGAUUAUUGGCAACGGGAUCGACGGUGGUGGUUCUUUCUAAAUUUGAGAUAGACGAAAUGCUUUUGGCAAUCGACAAGUAUUCUGCAACUUUCCUCCCUCUUGUGCCACCAAUACUGGUGGCAUUAGUAAAUAACGCUGAUCAUAUAAAUAAAAAGUAUGAUUUGAGUUCACUUAAAUGGGUUUUUUCGGGAGGCUCGCCUUUGGGCAAAGAGGUGAUGGAUGGGUUUUUGGAGAAGUACCCGACGGUGGCGAUUUUGCGGGGGUAUGGUUUGACUGAAUCCACGGGUGCAGGGUCGUCGGCGGAUUCCUUGGAGGAGAGUCAACGGUAUGGCUCAGCGGGAUUGUUGUCGCCGAGCAUAGAGGCCAAGAUUGUUGAUCCGGAGAGUGGAGGGGCAUUGCCGGUUAAUCGUAGGGGUGAGCUUUGGCUUAGAGGUCCCAGCAUUAUGAAAGGUUAUUUUCAAAAUAAAGCAGCAACUGCAUCAACUCUUGAUUCAGAUGGAUGGUUAAGAACUGGGGAUCUCUGCUACAUCGAUGAUGAUGGAUUUGUUUUUGUGGUUGAUAGAUUGAAGGAACUAAUCAAAUACAAGGGCUACCCGGUGAUAUUGAACAAGUUCCCCCGGCAGAGCUAGAGGCUUUAUUACUCACUCACCCAGAAAUUGUUGACGCUGCUGUUAUACCAUUUCUGGAUAUGGAGGUUGGGCAGUAUCCCAUGGCAUUUGUGGUAUGAAAAACAGGAAGUGAUUUUCCAGAGUGUGAAGUCAUGGACUUCAUCGCUAAACAGGU